AUGGAAAUAGAAUUUGCAGAUGUUAUCAUUUUCCUUUACAGCUUUAAAAAGGAAGAGUUAGAAUUUGCUCCCUCUCUCUCAAACCGGCCGCCGCUCUCAGUUCCUCUCUCACCCGCCAGCCGCCGCUCUCAGUUCCUCUCUCACCCGCCAGCCGCCGCUCUCAAUCCCUCUCUCACUGCUCUCGAUCUCUCUCACUCACCUCGCCGUAACGCCGUUCACUCACCUCGCUGUAACGCCGUAACGCCGUUCAAUCUUUCGCUCUCAGUUUCAGAAUCUAUCAUUAAAAAAAGUGACCAUCAAUUGCGAAGUAAGGAGGAAGAUAUUGCACUGAUAAAGAAGAUGAUUUUAGAGAAAGAAGAAGUCAAGACUGUGCAACAGAAUAUCGUGUAUAAGAUUGACCUUGAUCAAGCAUUGAGUUUUGGUAGAGGAGCUUUGAUAAAGUAUAAAAACUCUUUCAAGGAUAAUGCAAUUCAAGGUCUCACGCGCGUACGUAAUUGGUUGGGCCACUCUGCAGAAAAUGAUAAAAAUGAAGAUAAGCAGGAAGUCAUCAUUCAAGAAAAUCUAAAGCUUCCUCAAGAAGAAGGAACUUGCCAGUAGCCAUUGAUUAUAUGGAUUUUGCAUAUCCAUGAAUGUUGUUAGGAAUUCGUCACCAUGAACCUUUAUAAUUUACUAAUGUACCGUAAUUGUGAAAAUUAGUAUGUUGUUGCUUUCGGACUUGUGAAGUGAAUCAUAUCAUAUUAAUUCAAAUUCAGACCUUUAUUUCUACUA